AGCGUUUCCGGGGCGCGGUCUAAAGAAGCAGCGAUGCCAUCAUGCUAGCUGUGGAGCUCCACAUUAACAAGCAGCUCCGCUAGUUGAUGCAAUGUCAACCUGGACUUCAUUUUGGAGCGAUAUAGUUCUACGUAAAAUUGAAUAUAGAAUAAAAAAGCGGUUUGAGUGCCAGUUUUGAGUUUGCGUGGCACGCGCCACCCGAUAUAGUCGUGUCGUGUCUCUGUCUUAUUUCGUAAACUAGCUCGGCUAUCGGUGACAUAGUCGUAAACACUUUUGAGUGCCGGCCUGCUAUCACCCGCGACAAGCUCCACGGUCGGCGUAUCGACGUUGCAGUUUCUUCGACUGCUGUCAUGGAAAAGGCAGACUUCCUAAAAGGGCUUCCCGUCUACAACAAAAGCAACUUCAGCAGGUUUCAUGCAGACUCUGUUUGUAAAGCAUCUAAUCGGAGGCCCUCUGUUUAUCUUCCAACACGUGAAUACCCUUCUGAACAGAUUAUCGUCACAGAGAAAACCAACAUCCUUCUGCGCUACCUCCAUCAUCAGUGGGACAAAGAGAAUGCAGCAAAGAAACGGGAACAGGAGCAAGGGGAGGGCGACAGCCCCGCGCCCCCAAGGAAGAUCGCCAGGACAGACAGCCAAGAAAUGAAUGAAGACUCAUAAGUGUGUAUGUGUGUGCGCGGUUGUGACUGUGUGUGCAGGCUGUAGCCAAUCAAAACAUGUAAAAAGAAAGGGUAUUCCCACCUCAGUGACAGCGUGUGGCCGCUCUGUUUUGUGGCAAGGGGCCGCACCUCUCAUAAGAUGGGGUAUUCGGUAAACUAAGAGGGCUUCACUGUGAAGUAAAGGAAAUCCACACUUUUAAACAGAUUUGCAACCACUCUUUGAGAACUGAAAAAACCCCUUAUUGGGCCAGGUUGCAUAUGCCUUUUGUUGUGUUAGGAUAUGUGUACUGUGUCAUGUAUGUUUGUAUGCAUGCUGAGCUGUGUGUGUAUCGUGCUGUACAUGUGAGGUAAGUGAUCUGUUGAAAAGGUAGAUUACGAGUGACUUGCAGAGUCAAGUCUUAAAACUGUCCCAAUUUGACCUCUGGCGUUCUCUUGUGUUUAUUGUUUAAGUACGGCAAUGCGCUUCCUGCCUGCCAAAGUGCCCCCUCCCUCCUUCUCAGUUUCACUGCCCACUCUGUAACAAUGGCGACGUUUCUCUCCACUGGUUGAAUCCACACAGCCAACAAUGCAAUGUGAACAACAGCACAAAGUAGAAGCACCACUCGGGUGUAUGUUUGCAGUGCAUCGCUCCAUUUCGUUCAUCGUUUUGGUUGGACUUAAUUAAAUAUCUCCACUCAUGCAUCUUGCACCUAUCAUCUAAGUGAGGCUAAUAUGUCAAAGGAUUCUACAAUCUAAUGUUGUAUUUCCUAGUUUGAGCAAAAGGAAAGAAAAAGACUACAUUUUUUGUAAAUAAAUGUCAAUUCCAUAAUUUAAUUUAAUAUGCACUUGUUAAAUAAGUCUAUUUAGGUACAUUGUAAGAAAGAGCUGUACAAUUUAAGAGUGGAGCCUCAGUGCAGAGUAGAUGUGAUCCUGGGCUUGCCUGUUUUUUUUUUUUUUCUCUCCGUUCCUCUCUCUCUCUCUCCCUCGCCCCCUCUCUCCCAUGGCAUUUCUGGAUUGUUAGCCUUAGAGGCCUUACGACUGGUUGUCACCGUUUGGAUUCUGUUGUGUUCUCGCAUCACCUUCGUUUUGGUGACUUAAGUAGUUCCAAUGCUGCGCGGUUAAAAGAGGUUGUGUUUUUAGCAUGCAGCCAAAUGCAGUCCACAACUUUGCUUGGUCCUUUUGUUGUCCAUUACAAUACUGAAUAAAGAUAUAUACAGGUAUAUGUGAAGGGGAAUAAAACAAUGUGGUCCAUCACCUCGCUACCCGUUGUGUAAAUAUCCUGUCAGUUUCAGCCAUAAGAUGCUUCUGCUAAGACUGUUUGACAACACAUGAAGCCUUUUCCCACUCUUGUGUUAGAUGUUUUUUUUUUUGUUUGUUUUUUCUAGCUUUGCUGAAAUAAAACUGGACUGACAUA